UUUUCCACAUAAUUUUUCUCAUGCUGAUGCAGCAGCUUUAGGAAAUGUGUUUGGUGAACUCGAACGUGCACUGCACAGCAUGAAGGAGAUGAUGGACAGCUUUACUCCUCGCUACUUCAACAUGCUGCUCGUGUUGCUGAUGCUUUCAUCCACCGUGGACUGUCAGGUCCAGCAGGUUUCAGGCCACAUGAGCAAUGGUUCAUGUGCGUGUCAAGUCAACACCAACAUGUGGCUUUUCCCCACUGUGAAAUACGAGGCCGCACUGCAGAAAGUCGAGUCUUGUGAGGAUUCCCUAACCGCACUACUAAAACAAGUGAACUUGUCCCACCAGCGCGUGCCUGAGAUCCAAUCAUUGAUGGACAACAUCACAGCCCGACUGGAGCCUUACGAUUACCUCAACUAUAGAGGUCUUUAUUCCAAUCUGCAUUUGCGUCCGCUCACCAAGGUUCUCAGCAAGCUAGAGAAUGACAUCAACGCCAUAUCCAUUCAGAUGGACAACGACCAAACAAAGAAACUUUCCAAAGAGGUCACGAAACUGCGAGGAGAUGUGGAUCGCUUGCACAUGUCAGACUCAAACAACAUGAAGACUGUGAGAGAGAAACUGCGCAAAUUGAAGAACAGCGCUGUCUCUUGUAUGUCCAUUCCCAAAGACUUCCGAGGUACACACAGGUAUUGCCUAAAUGGUCUCAUCACCAACAUCAGCCAACCGAUCACAACUAAAAUCAGUCCUUACGGGAAGAACAUCAUCUCCGGCUCAUGGGGUCAACAGACUCAACGGGACAGCGAAGGCCUGAAUAACGCCUUCUGGGUCCAGCCUUUGGUCCACAACCAUAUCUCUGGCAACACCCUUCGAGUUUAUCAAUCCUACGAAGACUUCAUGGCCUCCACCAACCACAAAGAUUACAUCUUUGCUCCGAACAACAUUCACGCCGACUCCAUUGAAGGUCCGAGUGCCGUCCUGUACGGAGAGGCUCUGUAUUAUCACUGCCACCAAUCGGCAGAUGUUUGUCGCUACGACCUGAACAGCAACAAGGUAGCGAGGGUCACACUUCCCGGCAUCAAAGCAGGAGACACCAAGAAGUUCCCUUAUUGCUAUUACGAUUGUCGCGCCAGCACCGACAUAGACGUGGAGGUCGAUGAGACGGGGCUGUGGGCCCUCUACGCCACUUUCGGUAGCCACGGCAACAUUGUGGCGAGCAGACUCUCUUGGAACAACGAAAGCGCAACGCUCAACGUCACCCAGACGUGGGAGACGAGGCUGUUCAAGAGGGCGGUGACCAACGCUUUCAUGGUGUGCGGAGUGCUGUACGCGACUCGCUACCUCGAUGACCACCGAGAGGAAGUCUUCUACGCGUUUGACACGGCGACGGGAAAGGAGGACAACACGCUGGCGUUGACCCUCGAAAAGAUCACCGCCGGCGUCGCCAGCCUGAGCUUCAACCCCGUCAACCGCCGCCUCUACAUGUUCAACAAUGGCUACCUUCUCGCUUAUCAAACACAUUUCUGAAAUUAAACACAAAUAUGCAGUUAAUUUUAAUCAAUAAAGUACUAUCUAUCAAUCUAUCUAUCUAUGAAAAUCCCCAAGUUGGCAUUAUUAAAGGGAUGAUUGUCUUCAUUCCGUUUUGUUUAGUGUAGUAUCAAUCAAUCAAUCAAUCAAUGUUUACUUAUAUAGCCCUAAAUCACUAGUGUCUCAAAGGGCUGCACAAACCACUACGACAUCCUCGGUAGGCUCACAUAAGGGCAAGGAAAACUCACACCCAGUGGGACAUCGGUGACAAUAAUGACCCAGUGGGACGUCGGUGACAAUGAUGACUAUGAGAACCUUGGAGCGGUGGAAAGCAAUGGAUGUCGAGUGGGUCUAACAUGAUACUGUGAAAGUUCCAUCCAUAAUGGAUCCAACACAGUCACGAGAGUCCAGUCCAAAGCGGAUCCAACACAGCAGCGAGAGUCCCGUUCACAGCGGAGCCAGCAGGAAACCAUCCCAAGCGGAGGCGGAGCAGCAGCGCAGAGAUGUCCCCAGCUGAUACACAAGCGAGCAGUACAUGGCCACCGGAUCGGACCGGACUCCCUCCACAAAGGAGAGUGGGACAUAGAAGAAAAAGAAAAGAAACGGCAGAUCAACUGGUCUAAAAAGGGAGUCUAUUUAAAGGCUAGAGUAUACAAAUGAGUUUUAAGGUGAGACUUAAAUGCUUCUACUGAGGUGGCAUCUCGAACUGUUACCGGGAGGGCAUUCCAGAGUACUGGAGCCCGAAAUUAAAAAGCUCUACAGCCCGCAGACUUUUUUUGGGCUUUGGGAAUCACUAAUAAGCCGGAGUCCUUUGAGCGCAGAUUUCUUGCCGGGACAUAUGGUACAAUACAAUCGGCAAGAUAGGAUGGAGCUAAACCGUGUAGUAUUUUAUACGUAAGUAGUAAAACCUUAAAGUCACAUCUUAAGUGCACAGGAAGCCAGUGCAGGUGAGCCAGUACAGGCGUAAUGUGAUCAAACUUUCUUGUUCUUGUCAAAAGUCUAGCAGCCGCAUUUUGUACCAACUGUAAUCUUUUAAUGCUAGACAUGGGGAGACCCGAAAAUAAUACGUUACAGUAAUCGAGACGAGACGUAACAAACGCAUGGAUAAUGAUCUCAGCGUCUUUAGUGGACAGAAUGGAGCGAAUUUUAGCGAUAUUGCGGAGAUGAAAGAAGGCCGUUUUAGUAACGCUUUUAAUGUGUGCCUCAAAGGAGAGAGUUGGGUCGAAGAUAAUACCCAGAUUCUUUACCGUGUCGCCUUGUUUAAUUGUUUGGUUGUCAAAUGUUAGAGUUGUAUUAUUAAAUAGAGUUCGGUGUCUAGCAGGACCGAUAAUCAGCAUUUCCGUUUUUUUGGCGUUGAGUUGCAAAAAGUUAGCGGACAUCCAUUGUUUAAUUUCAUUAAGACACGCCUCCAGCUGACUACAAUCCGGCAUGUUGGUCAGAUUUAGGGGCAUGUAGAGUUGGGUGUCAUCAGCAUAACAGUGAAAGUACAGUAGGAAGGGGAUUUCAUUUGGCCUCAUUUGUCGCGGUCCCAGGUUGGUAGUAACGCUCUACAUCUACCGUAUUUUUUGUAAGGCGCACUGCUGAUGAAUGGUCUAUUUUUUUACUUUUUUUAUAUAUAAGGCUACUCGAUUAUAGGGCUCAUUAAUGGAGUCAUAUUAUUUAUUUAUUUUUUUUCUAAAUGUAAGACUUCCUCGUGGUCUACAUAACAUGUAAUGGUGGUUCUUUGGUCAAAAUGUUGCAUAGAUUAUGUUUUACAGAUCAUCUUCAAGCUGCUUUCUGACAGUCGCGUUGUGGGCGGUCUUAUUUACGUGGCUCACCUGUCUUCUCCCCGUCAUUUCCUCAUCCACCAAAAAUGUGUUCCAUGAAAAACCGUCCGACCGGAACUCUCUUAAUUCUUUGGGUGAAUAAUGUAAACUCACUACACCGGUAUGUUUCAACGCUUUCAUGGCAUAUAUAAGAAUUUUACAGUACUUGCUUCCUCAGUAGAAGCAAUUAAGUCCCAUCUUAAAACUCAUUUGUAUACUCUAGCCUUUAAAAAAGCCCCCCUUUUAGACCAGUUGAUCUGCCGUUUCUUUUCUGCCCUUCCCACCUCUCCCUCAGGGAGGAGGGGGCACAGGUUCGGUGGCCACGGAUGAAGCGCUGGCUGUCCAGAGUCGGGACCCGGGGUGGACCGCUCUCCUGUGCAUCGGUUGGGGACAUCUCUGCGCUGCUGACCUGUCUCUGCUCGGGAUGGUCUCCUGCUGGCCUAUCUCACUAUUAUGUUAGAUCCACUAUGGACUGGACUCUCACAAUAUUAUGCUAGAUCCACUCGACAUCCAUUGCACCGUUUGCCCUAGGGGAGGGAGGGCCCACAUCUGCGGUCCUCUCCAAGGUUUCUCAUUGUCCCAUUGGGUUGCCUUUUUCCUUGCCCUGAUGUGGGAUCUGAACCGAGGAUGUCGUUGUGGCUUGUGCAGCCCUUUGAGACACUCGUGAUUUAGGGCUAUAUAAAUAAACAUUGAUUGAUUGAUUAUAUUAGAAAUGGCAACAGGGGAGGAUGAAUGUCCCAUAACAAGAAGAUAGAGAAAAACAAGAAGCUUAUCGACUACGGGGCCGUCACGGACUACAAAGGCAGACGCGCGUAAUUUUUCAGGACUUAUGCCGAUCCCAAAUACAGAUCAGCGGGUACCAGAAGAUAAGAAAAGUUGCUUUUGCAUAAUAUGGCGAAACAAAACGCCAGAUAAUAUUGCUUACCUUAUACACACACCAUAAUAAUACUCAUAUGUUGAAGCACAGUACAAUCUAUCAAGCGGUGUGGCUUCAUAGCUUACCAAAGUCGUACUAAAACAUUUUUUGUGUAAUGUUCUCUAUUUUUAAUAGAACAUAGAAAAUGCUGGUGUUGUUUACUUGAGUCAUAUUGCAGUCUACACUUAUCUCUUAUGUGUGACUGCCAUCUACUGGUCACACUUAUCAUUACACCAUGUACCAAAUAAAAUAGCUUUGAGGUGGGUAAGCAAAACCAGAAUUAUUCCUUACAUUAGGCGCACCGGGUUAUAAGGCGCACUGUUGAGUUUUGAGGGGAAAAAAGAUUUCAAGUGCGCCUUAAACUCCGGAAAACAAAUCAAAGCAAAUCAACUUUAUUUAUAAAGCACAUUUAAAAUUUACCACAGGGGUAGUCAAAGUGCUGUACAAUGGACAGGUUAAAAGAUAAUACGAGGACCGAGCAAACAAGACAACACAAACAGAACAUGAUAAAAAAUAAAUAAAUAAAACAUAAAAACAGGUUGACAGCAGGUGUAUAAUGGGUCGCCAUUGCAGGAUGGAUAUCACUUAGUGUUAAAAGCCAAGGAAUAAAAGUAUGUUUUAAAGAGAGAUUUAAAAACAGGAAGAGAGGAGGGUUGUCUAACACUCAGAGGUAGGUCGUUACAAAGCUUGGGAACAGCAGCAGCGAAAGCUCUGUCACCUCUAAGCUUCAGCCUUGUGUCAGGGACCGUCAGUAGUAGCUGAUCGGCUGAUCUUAGGGAUCGAGUGGGGCAGUAAGGCUGAAGGAGGUCGGAGAGAUAUUGGCGCGAGGUUGUUUAGACAUUUAAAAGCAAAUAGAAGGAGUUUAAAAUUGAUUCGAUAACGCACAGGGAGCCAGUGAAGGGACGCUAAUAUAGGGGUGAUGUGCUCAUGUCUGCGGGUCUGUGUUAGCAGACGAGCAGCAGAGUUCUGCACGAGCUGCAGGCGGGCGAGGGAGGCCUGGCUAAUGCCUACAUACAGGGCAUUGCAGUAGUCUAAACGAUUCGAGAUAAACACGGUACUAAAGUAACUUUUUGGAUGAAUUUAACUUGUCAGAGAAGUUUUAAUGCAACAUACUUUUUACUUUUACCUUACUUUAUACUUUUUUAAACAUACUUUUUUCUUUUUUAUAAUUGAGGAGAAUAAACGCUGCUUUUACCCUGUUACCUUGAGUUUAAUUCCGAUCAUUACAUUUAUAUCACAAUUAUUUAUGAUUAUUGAUUAUUGCAAGGACGUAUUCUUAUGACAGAGACCCUGCUUCCGGCUUACCUUGUUUCACCAAUCCAACGUAAGCAAUUGUGACGUUUGAGUCCACUGCACCUAUCAAACAAGAACAAAGUACAGUUACCUGCACCUUAUGUAACAUCCAUCCAGAAACUGUUUACCACCUGUUUUGGACUUGUGAAAGUACUAGAUCACUAUGGCAGGGCAUCUGUCGCUUUAUCCUGUACAAUAUUCAUUACAAAUUUGUGCUAUGAUAUUUGGAUUUACACUGUAUGAAACAAAAAUUUGAAAAGGAAUUUUACCUUUGCAACCUCAUUGUACUAUUGGCUAAGUUUUAUAUACAUAAAUGUAAGUUUCUCAAUACCCGACCUGUUUUGUGUGACUUUAAAAAGGAUUUCGAACUCUACAUCAGUGGUUCUCAACCUUUUUUCAGUGAUGUACCAUCUGUGAACAUUUUUUUAAUUCAAAAACCCCCUAAACAGAACAAAGCAUUUUUGGUUGAAAAAAACAGAUAAAUAUGUAAAAUACA